AUGGCGGCGAUCAAAGUCCCAUCGGAACCCUUGCUCGUGGUGUUGGGUUCGACCGGCACGGGAAAAUCAGACCUAGCUGUGGAGCUCGCCCAAAGGUUCAAAGGCGAAAUCAUCAACUCAGAUGCCAUGCAGCUAUACCAUGGCCAGCCCAUCAUUACUAACAAAAUCACAGCUGCCGAGCAAAAGGGUAUCCCGCACCAUCUUCUCGGCCAUAUUCCCCGCCACGAAGCACCCUGGGACGUGGAACGCUACAAAAGGGAAGCCAGCAGGGUGAUGGCAGAGAUUCGCUCAAGAGGCAACCUACCUAUCCUUGUGGGCGGAACGCAGUAUUAUGUCGAUUCCCUUCUCUUCGCCGAUGUCAUCCUCGAUGGAGUCCAGCAUCAGCUUGACCCAACCAAGUCGUUCCCCGUGCUUGACCAACCUACAGAAGUUCUCCUUGAAGAGCUCCGAAAAUGCGAUCCUGUCCUGGCAGACCGAUGGCAUCCCAACGACCGGCGCAAAAUCUCACGGUCUCUCGAGAUUUUCUUACAGACUGGCAAGCCAGCGUCCCAAUUCUACGCGGAGCAAGAAGCGCGCAAAUCUGCCUUGGCAAAAUGCGACGGGGCCACCAGGCAGCCCUGGGAGAAGCUUCUGUUUUGGGUGUACUCGGACAAAGAGGUUCUGCGGGACCGUUUGGACAAGCGGGUUGAUGAAAUGUGCCGGGCGGGGCUCAUGGACGAAGUUGGGGAGCUGAACUCUUUCAAGAAAGACAUGGAAGGCAAAGGAGAGUCUCUGGACACGACAAAGGGUAUUUUCCAAUCAAUUGGGUACAAACAAUUUGAGCCAUACCUGCAAGCGCUUGAUGAAGGCGCAGAUGCCAAAAAGGUGAAGCAAUUGAACCUGGCAGGGCUGGAGGACAUGAAAGUCGCGACGAAGCAGUACGCAAACUACCAAAACAAGUGGAUUCGCCUGAAGCUGAUGCGCCGGCUACAGGAUGAGGGGGUCCAUGCCGUCAACUGUUUAUACCUAGUUGAUAGCACGGCUCUGUCCGAGUUCCAGAAGAACGUGGUCGAGCCUGCUGCCGAAGUCACGCGGCUUUUUCUUGGAGGAAAACCACGCCCCGCCGCUGUAGAUCUAUCAGACGUGGCGAGGCGAGUGCUUACGACUGCGGUUGAGCCGCCGCCCAGGGAAACGCUCGUCAAAAGGACAUGCGAGUUGUGCCAGACGGUGUUGGUGACAGAGGAAGCAUGGCAGAGACACAUGAAAAGUAGGAGUCACCGGCGUGCCUUGAAGAAGACCAGCAACUUGGCAUCGGUUGCUGCAAACAAGGGCGCAGGUGCCGCCGGCACAAGCGGUGUCGAAGCGCUUUCAUCAAGGACUUCCAGUCCGGAUAUAGGUUGUGAAUUUGCAAACUGA